AUGGGCAACACCUUCUCGCUUGCCUCCUCGCCCACACCGCCCAGCUCGUCAACAGUGACAUCGUCUGCCCCUCGCUCGGACCCGGCGGCGCGCUCGCGAGUCACGGCGCUGCGAGGUUACCCUGAAGGUACCAGCGCUGGUUUCCUGUCGUGGCUAUCGCGAGGGCAAUCUUUCCAAGCCGACGCGGCGGAUGCGAACCGGACUGUCGACGAGUUGACGUUUGUCGGUCUCCCUCGGGAGCUGGCCCUUUACAUCGUUGACCUGGCGUGAGUAACUCUACCCUCCGCUCUGAGUUGCCUAGGAGUUUGCAGAAACAGAGUACCAAGAAAAUUGGCACAUCUAGGAAACGUGUCGCGUCUAAAAAAAAAAAAGUUGCCUAGGAGUCGCUUCCUCGGCUAUCGCGGCCAAAAAAAGAGGAGCAGCUGAGAACUUCACCUGAGGCGCCACCAUGACACGACACAUGUCGUGGCGCGAGCAUGUUUACAGUUCUGAGUGCUGACUUGUCAUGUGGAGCAGAGAAUACUGGCCUCUCCAAGUCUCUCAGACUCAAGCCCACAUUAUUGUACGAGCAAGCAGUGCACGCCUUGCCUCCGCCUCCGUCUUGAUUUCGUCUCCAAUCCCGGAGGUCCCGUCUCAGCAUCCAGUGCGCAGGUAAGUGCUAGGCCCAAAAAACAAUUGCCAAAGGAAAUCUAAACAGAUGUAAGAAGCACGAGACCUUGCUUGUUCACGUGAUUUUGUUCUGUACACCACCCCCCUCCACCUCCAGGAUCCGCAUCACCACCGAAUCUCGAGACCAAGGUUCGUUCUGGCGUCAGCUUACUUACUAUUGACCUUUGGGUUGGGCAGUGACUGAACAAGAAGCUUGUAUUCUUUGAUUUGUACAGGAUUCUCAUCUUUUCCCCAGCUGCACGGGACCAGGGAGGGCUCCUCGUCCUGGUUCGAGCUCGCCUUGAUCAGGCCGGACACCGAAACAGCCUCCUCGGAAGCGCCAGAACGGUUCAUUCCUCCACCCAUCACAGGUCCCUCGUCCAGCCCCUCCCAACCUUACGGCAUCGUUACCUCGCAACGCCUCCACUACAACAUCCAUGCGUCUCGCACCUUCGAAUCGCACAUGGUGACAUUGGAGGCAAGACUGGACAUCGUCGACAGGGCUCGAGCAGGCGACCGACUCGUGCUGUACGCCUGCGCGCAGUAUCCCGCAUGGACCAACGAAUGUCGAAUGGCGAGGAUCACGGUCAACUACAGUGCGCUAUGA